AAUGGUAGAAUAUGUGAUUUUUGCUAAUACAUUACAAAGCAUUGAUCUGCAAAGCUAAGUUAAUUAAAGUUUGAAAAAGAUAGUCAAAUGACCCCUGAACAAAGGAAUAUUCUGCGUAUAAACGAACCGAAAUUGGUUUCAGAUAUAAUUCCAAGCGACAUUCUCAGUUGGAUGAUGUGUCUGACUGACGAAGACAACGAGGUUAUAAUGGCCGAAGAAAGAAAUUAUGGCUAUUCUAGAGCGGCAAGGUUAUUACUAGAUCGCUUAAAAAGACGAGGUGCUGAAGCAUUUGGACAGCUUGUAAAUGCAUUGCGGGAAAACGGAUUAGAGCACUUGGCUUUACUCAUAGAUCCAAAUAACGAAGUUAUCCUGGAAUAGCUUGUGUGCACCUAGGCACUAUUCUUCUUCAUGGUAGAUGAAUCGAGAUGCAAAGGUAGACAGGAAUUUUUAAAAAAUGACAUCAAGGAAAUUGUUUGUUUGCAGACAAUGAUUCCAUAGUCUAGCAUUGUUUACAUUAUUCAGCUCCUUUUUAGGAACACUUCACAUGAUUUUAAUGACAAUUUUGUUUAUUUAUUUUUUAAAUUUGAUUGAUUAAAAGAAGAUUUAUGCGACAAACUGAAUAUAAGUGACAAUAAUUCAACUCCUGUAAUCAGAUUUCCCAGCAUAAAUGUGGAGGGUACAGUAACCAUUGUUAUUUGUUUUUUAUCCAUAAUUUGCAUUUUUAUCACUUCUUGAAAGAUUACUUUGCCUCCACAAUUACUUUUCAUAUAUCAAUAUUUUGUAGGCUCAUUUUAUCUCCACCAAAUUUUUAUGAAUCGCUUCACCAAAUACCUGUAAUGCAAUUUGUAAUUAUUUGCCGUCAUUAAAUAGAAGACCUUCAGAUGAUUAAUAUUUCCUA